AUGGCUUUGAGUCUUUUGGUUGUUUCAAUAUCAUUCUACUUGAAGGAAUAUAUAUCACCAGAUUCUAAUUUAUAUGCGACAUUGAGCCUCGUAUCGGUGGCUGGAGUUGUGGUCAUGGUUAUUGCAUUCUCUCUGGGAUUAGGAGCAAUGCCAUGGAUUAUAAUGUCUGAGAUUCUUCCGAUUAACAUCAAAGGCCUAGCUGGAAGUUUUGCAACACUUGCCAAUUGGUUCUUUUCCUGGUUGGUUACAUUAACAGCAAAUUUGCUCUUGGAUUGGAGUUCGGGAGGAACCUUCACAAUAUAUACUGCAGUGUGUGUUUUCACAGCAGGAUUUGUUGCCAUUUGGGUCCCCGAGACAAAGGGAAAAACUCUUGAAGAAAUACAACAAAAAUCAAAGGAUGAUUAUAAUAUCGUGCAAAAUAGUAGGGUUAUGGUUGAAGUUGAAUCCAUGUGGAUUGUCAGUACCACUGGUGUAAAAACCGAUGAAUUUCUAACACAAGAUGGUAAAUUAUUUUACAAGAAAAUAUAUUUGUGA